AUGUCUAUGAUUCCUAUUAUCACGUUCAAAGCAGGCAUCUGUGAUCUGGAGACCUCGAGGUCACCUCCGGUGGUGAAACCUAAGCCUGAGCCGGGCUACAUCUACCUCUAUUCUGAAGAUGACCUGAUCCAUUUCUGCUGGCGGCCACGAGACGUACCGCUGACCGAGCCCGAGGUGGACCUGGUCAUGGUUCCGAGUGACGGGAGCUUUACGCCCUAUAAGCCUGCCGGCAAGGAUGCUCCUACAGAUGGCCGGAUCUUUGUCCUCAAGUUCUCGUCCAGCUCCCAGCGCUACCUCUUCUGGCUGCAGUCGAAAAGCCAACACGAGCAGGGCAACCCCAACUGGUUCAGCCCGAGGGAUUUGAAGCUUGGAGACAUCGUCAACGCCCUAUUGCAGGGUGAAGAUGUGGACGUCGAGACCGAAAUUGCUCUGCUUCCCAGGGGCCCCAUGGGGGGUGACGACAACGACGACGAGACGAUGGAGGAUGUUGAAGGCGUUGACCAUGACCCCAGCCACAACCACGGAGGGAGCAGUGGCGGUGCAGGCCCCGAUGCGACGGGAGGGGAUAUCAGAGAAGAGGGGGAACAGUCUAGAGAAGGCGGCGCGGAUGGCGGAAGAGCGGCGGCUGGUUCGUCAAACCCGUCGGAUGUGGUGCAGGAUUUCCUGCGGUCCCUCCAAGGCAACCGAGCUCAAAGCCAAGAAAAGCCAUUCACAACCCUGCAAGAUCUGCUUUCCCCGUCGUCGACGUUGCCGUUCAUCGAGUCUGCCGACACCGAGACUGUUGACCAUCUGCUGGGCUUCCUGCCGUCCAGCCUUGUGUUGCUGGCGCAGGAGAUUGAGGACGUGGACGCCACCGAGACGAACGCGGAGCUCGCCGAAGCCAUCAUGCAAUCCCUCGACAUCUCGCAGAAGAAGGAUAUCCUACGACGAGUCCUGCGCUCCCCGCAAUUUACCCAGAGUCUGGCGAGCCUGACUGUAGCCCUACGUGAGGGAGGGUUGCCCAGCAUUAGCGAGGCCCUCAAGGUGCCCGUGGCGAACGGAGGGUUCAUGCGUCAUGGGGGAGUCCCGCUCGGCGGCGGUGAUGCAGUCGAAGCCUUUGUGGAGGGCGUCCGGGCCCAGGUGAAGGGCCAGGAUGCGGAUGAGCAUCACAUGGAAACGGACUGA